AUGGAUCCAGUCUCAGUGAUUGGCCUUGUGGAUACAUGCUACACUAUCGGGUCCAAGAUCAUGAAUAUAUGUUCAACGUGGAAACAUGCCGAUAUUGAAGUAGAGAAGCGUGUAAUUAUUGUCGAGGCAUCCUGGGAUCGCACAAAGCGCCAGGUUGAUUUUGUCAUGCGCAUCAUAUCAAUUAUGGAUGUAGAGCAGGGCCGCGUGAUGGACGAGCUCCUGAAUCAGCUCUGGCUUAGUCUUUCGCUUGCCAUAAAAAGCCUUGAUGCGAUUCAAAGGAACUCGACGACCCGAUCAGGCAUAUUUGGAUUUAGCUUCAGGGCGAAGAAGGCUGCUUGGGUGUGGAAGAAGGAGGCACUCGACGGGAUUAUAUCCGAGCUCGAAGAGUGGCAGCGUCGCUUUGACCCUUCAUGGUUUUUGCUUAUGAAAAUAGCAAAUCCUCUCCUCGACAAAGAACUAGCCUUGGCAAAGAUUACAGAGGCCAAGGCACACGGACCUGCAACUGUCGCUGAGACUCCGCUGGCUCUCGCUGCUGGAUUACGCAAUGUGUUAUCCCCUACGGUUGAACGAACCAGGGCGAUUUUCCUUGAGGAGUUGCAGAUGGAGUGGUUACAUAUACCCUUUUCGGAUGCAAAAGCAGGACGCAGGGACGGUGACAAGAAAUGGUACAUUGUCGACACUAUCGAGCUCGGGCAGGCCACUCAAGUGCGCAAUGUCGCGCGGGAUGUGCGAGUCCUCGCGGCUAAGCUCUCACAGGCCGACCCUCUCGCAUUUGGCUUGUUCAAUUGCAAGGGAGUCAUGCCAGUUACCCAGAAGCAUGUAUCUCCUACUCCACCUCUGCAGUUGGGCUUAGAGCUGGCUCCCCCUACUUCUCUGCCUCGUGCACAUUCGCCAUCUCCGAACCAAGCACAUUAUUCCCACUUCCAGAUUGUGUUCCGAAUUCCGAACGGCAUGGAGGUCUUGCAGUCACUACGACACCUGUUGCUUAACUCAGAUGAAAAUCUGUCACUAUCCCGGAAAAUACACAUGGCAUGCGAACUUGCCAAGGCUAUCAAUUACGUGCAUACCUUCGCACUUGUGCACAAAAACGUACGGCCAGAGUCGGUGCUAUGCUUUGAAGAUCCACAAGGUAUCAAUAGUCACGCUUUUUUAGUUGGCUUUGAUGCUUUCCGUGCUGCAGAUGCUGGUACGAUGAUGGGAGGCGACAUGAGCUGGGCUCGCAAUGUCUACCGUCACCCUCGCCGGCAGGGCGUGGACCCUUCCGAGAAGUACAGCAUGCAGCACGAUAUCUACAGUCUUGGAGUCUGCUUGCUUGAAAUUGGUCUUUGGGAGUCUUUUGUUGAAUACACCAACGAGCUGGAGUUCAAUGGCCCGCCCCAGGCCAAGUUUGGCAAGUCCUACUAUGACUUUAGAGCAUGGAGUAAGCGGCAGGGCGAGACAGCCUCAUUCGAUGCCUUGGCCUUCCAACUCAAGGAUUACUUGGUGGAACAGGCCCACAAGAGGCUGGCCCCACGUAUGGGCGACAAAUAUGCACAGGUAGUAGUAUCUUGUCUGACGUGCUUGGAUGAUGACAAUGAAGACCUUGGUCUAGAGGUGGAGAGCGAUGAUGUUAUUGCACUUCAAUUUAUUGAGAAGAUCCUGAACACCCUCAACAAGAUUUCAUUGUGA